GACGCGGACUCUGGAGAAUCACAGCUCGGAUCCACAAGGAGUCUAAUGUGUCCAUCACAACCCGACCAGUUUCUCCAGUUUCCCAACUGUUAGUGCCUUCAGUUAUGAUUUUAAGUCCAGAAACUGACUUACAUGUUUAAUAUUUACCAUCAAACAUCGAAAUGCAACAUAUGACUGCCAGGAUCCACCUGCUCCUCCUCUUCCUCCUCUUCCAUCCUCUGACCUCAGCUGACCUGGAGGAGGCAGCUAAAGUGCCGGUGGAGGUCGUUGUUGACAGCUCACCUUGCAGCGCCACCUGUGGGCUGGGCAUGAAAACUCAGACCCUGUGUUUACUGAAAGACAGUGAGACAGCGCUGGAAGAAGGUGUGAGAAGUAAAGAUGGAGCAGAGGUGUCGGGGGAGUGUCGUGUCCGGAAGGUGAAAUGUCUGGAGUCAUGGCAGUGUGGACUCAGGACCUUGACUGUGACUUCAGGGCAGAAGGUGGAGAUCGACUGCCUGGGAGAAGUCAUGGAGGCGAUGGGGAGAUUCUCCUGGAGGGUGUCAUGGCGUUACGCUCGAGGAGUCAUCAGCUCUGAUGACUCCCUGUUUGCUCAGUGGGAAGCUCCUCUGAUGGACCGAGUGGUUCUGGACCCCGUCAGGGAGGAGGACGCAGGUACUUAUCGCUGUGACGUGCAGGAUGCCACCUUUCGCAGGGUGAAGAGGGUUUACUGGGGGAUUCGGGUCUUGUCUGUUGGCGUUCUCAAUCUGGACUAUGAAAGCUCUUUGGCCCAGUGGGACUACACUGGAAACCAGACCGUGUCAGACCAGCAGGACCACAGGAUGGCUGUUCUUUACACAGUGCUGAUCAGUCUGAGCCUGGCAGGCGCCGGGGCUGGACUGAUCCUGCUGGGCCUCUACUGGGCAGCCAAGAGGAGAAUGUUGACAGAUUUACAUCUUUGCUAACCCCCAAAACAAUUGUAGAGAUGUGAAAAAGACAUCACCCUUAAUAAACAAGUAUGUUCUCAGUUUUCAGCCAAAAGAAA